AUGGGGACUGCCUUCUCCUCUCGCCUCGCCGCGUCGCCCGCCGCUCCCGUCUCUGUGCCCUCUGCGUCCGCCGGCGCUCCUGAUCGCAUCACUCCGCAGCAAGCAGCCGUCGCAGAGAUCCAGGGCUUCGCCGACGUCGUCGCGCGUUGCGUGGGAACUUGCUACACGCGCUGUCUGCACCGUCAUCCGGAUGCCUCUCUUGAAGUCGCGGAAAUGAGUUGCACCGACCGCUGCGUAUCCAAAUACGUCUCUGUGCACCAACUUGUCGGCGAGACCAUGCAAGCCCUCCAGGCCGGCGCGGAAGCCGAGAACUGA